AUGAGCACAACUUCAGAAAGCAUUGCUCGCACUGCCCGCCAAGCGGGUAAUGUUUUGAAGACUAUCUCUAAUGAAGAACGUUCCAAACUUCUAUACAAAAUUCAUGAUGGUUUGAAGGCUAACGCUGAGUUGAUCAGAAAAGCUAACAUCUUAGAUCUAGAAAACGCUAAAAAAAAUGGCUUGGCAGACUCUCUGUUUAAGCGGUUAGAUUUGUUCAAGGGAGAUAAGUUUGAUACAAUGUUACAGGGUGUUAAGGAUGUAGCUGAUCUAGAGGACCCAGUGGGUAAGGUUAAAUUGGCAAGAGAACUUGAUGAGGGCUUAACACUUUAUCAAAUUACUGCUCCUGUCGGUGUUCUGUUGGUUAUUUUUGAAUCUCGUCCAGAGGUCAUUGCCAAUAUCACUUCUUUGAGCAUCAAGUCCGGAAAUGCGGCUAUCCUUAAGGGCGGUAAAGAAUCGAUCAACACUUUUAGAGAGAUCUCUGAUAUAAUCAAGCGCGUCAUAAGUGAAAAUGAGAAAAUUACUGGCAUUCCUCAAGGAGCAAUUCAAUUAAUCGAAACGAGACAAGAUGUUUCUGAUCUCUUGUGCCAAGACGACUACAUCGAUCUAGUUGUUCCACGUGGUUCAAAUGCUUUAGUCAAGCAAAUCAAAUCUUCUACAAAAAUCCCAGUGUUGGGCCAUGCUGAUGGUAUAUGUUCGAUUUAUGUCGAUGAGGAUGCAGACCUAGAAAAGGCAGAAAGAAUUCUUUUAGAUGCUAAGACUUCUUACCCUGCUGGAUGUAAUGCAGUUGAAACAAUUCUGAUUAACCCAAAGUUUUCCAAGUGGUGGAUUGCCCUUGAGUCACUAAGCCGCAAAGGUAAUGUUGUUCUUCACGUUACGGAUGAUUUGAAAGAUGCUUUCUUCCACGAGUUGGAUAAAGCAGGCAGAAUGGACGGCUUCAUUAAGGAGCACACGGUAGACGUAAACGAAGAAGUUGAUUUUGACAAAGAGUUUCUAUCGUUAGACUGUGCUGUAAAGUUUGUUUCUACUGUUAACGAAGCGGUGAAUCAUAUUAACGAACACUCGUCCAAACAUACAGACGCAAUUAUUACUGAAAAUGAAGAACAUGCCGAAUAUUUUUUGAAGGGUAUUGAUUCUUCCGGUGUAUACUGGAAUGCAUCUACAAGAUUUGCAGAUGGCUUUAGGUACGGUUUUGGCACGGAAGUUGGCAUUUCUACAAGUAAGAUUCAUGCUCGUGGACCAGUGGGUCUCGAUGGCUUGGUUACCUACCAAUAUCAAAUCAGAGGUCAAGGUCAAAUUGCUAGCGACUACAUUGGUUCAGGUGGUAAAAAGGCAUUCAUUCACAAGGAUAUAGAUCUAUCCAAGGUUUCCCUUUGA